AUGUCGGACUCUCCCGUAGGGGUCCGCCAGCGCUCCUCUAAAAAAAAGUCGCCUUCAUCACAGGCUGGGGUUGGCUCAGGGUCUGAAGAUGAAUUAUUAUCAAAGACGAACGCCCGGAAUGUUGCCUCGGUCUCUGCGCCUACAACUUCAAAGUCGCCAUCGCAGCUUGGACACAAGCUUAGUUUGGUUUUGGUGACUGUUUUAGCCUUCAUCACAAGAUUCUGGAAGAUUAGCCACCCCAACCAGGUGGUAUUUGAUGAAGUGCAUUUUGGAAAGUUUGCUUCUUAUUAUCUACAAAGAACAUACUUCUUCGAUGUUCACCCGCCGUUCGGAAAGCUUCUUUUCGCCCUUAUGGGCUGGUUCGUCGGAUACGACGGGCACUUUAAGUUUGACAAUAUUGGCGAUUCUUACAUCGACAACAAGGUUCCUUAUGUGGCUUUCAGAGCUAUGCCAGCAUUAAUGGGUUCUCUGACAGUCCCGGUGGUAUUCCUAACCAUGUGGGAGAGUGGUUAUAGUCUUCCUGCUUGCUUAGUUGCCACGGGAUUGGUUCUGUUUGACAACGCCCAUAUUGGCCAGACUCGUCUCAUUCUCCUCGAUGCGACCCUUAUCUUCGCCAUGUCACUCUCAAUCCUCUGCUACGUCCGCUUCUACAAGCUCCGUCACAUCCCUUUCAGCCGUAAAUGGUGGAAGUGGCUUCUGCUUACGGGUGUUUCCAUGUCAUGCGUCAUCUCUACAAAAUACGUGGGAGUCUUCACAUUUGUUACUAUCGGCGCAGCUGUCGCAAUUGACCUGUGGAACCUUCUCGACUACAAGCGUGGCCUCUCUCUUCAGCAGUUCACUAAACACUUUGCUGCUCGCACCUUUGGACUGAUCAUUGUACCUUUCUUUUUCUACCUAUUUUGGUUCCAAGUUCACUUCGCUAUUCUGUACCGUAGCGGACCAGGUGACGACUUUAUGACUCCGGAGUUUCAGGAAACCUUGAGUGACAACGUCAUGUCAUUGAGCAGUGUCGAUAUUAACUACUAUGAUACUAUCGUUCUCAGGCACAAGGAAACUAAGGCCUACCUACACUCUCACCCUGACAAGUAUCCAUUGAGAUAUGAGGAUGGAAGGAUUUCCUCUCAAGGCCAGCAGGUAACCGGAUAUCCGUUCAAUGAUACAAACAACCACUGGAUCAUUCUUCCCGCUGUAUCGGUUCCUGAGGACCAACGCACCAACCUCCCUGUUAGAAAUGGAGAUAUCGUCAAACUCCGCCAUGUUGUUACCUCCACAGAUCUCCUCUCCCACGAUGUUGCCUCACCUUGGUUCCCCACCAACCAGGAAUUUACUACUAUUGAAAUCGAAAAGUCUGAGGGCGAACGCCAUAAUGACACUCUUUUCGAAAUCAAGAUUGAGAACGGCAAGAAGAACCAGAACUUCCGCACCAUGGCCGGCCUCUUCAAGCUCCUUCAUCACCCAUCCAAAGUCGCCAUGUGGACGCACACUAAACCUCUCCCGGACUGGGGCUACAAGCAACAGGAGAUCAACGGGAACAAGAAUAUUGCACAAUCAUCCAACCUCUGGUUCGUCGAAGAAAUUCCCUCCCUCGCCGAGACAGACCCUCGCAACAAGAAGGAGGCCAAAAAGGUCAAGCCUAUGCCUUUCCUCCGAAAAUACCUCGAGCUUCAGCGCGCUAUGUUCCACCACAACAAUGCACUGACCAGCUCCCACCCCUAUGCUUCACAACCAAUUCAAUGGCCCUUCCUCCUCCGCGGUGUCUCCUUCUGGACUAAGAACGAUACCCGCGAGCAAAUCUACUUUCUCGGCAACCCUAUUGGCUGGUGGCUCUCCUCAUCCGUGCUUGCAGUCUUUGUCGGUAUUAUCGCCGCGGACCAGCUCACACAACGCCGUGGGGUUGACGCGCUUGACCGUAAGACAAGGAACCGCCUUUAUAAUUCGACCGGCUUCUUUUUCCUUGCCUGGACGGCACACUAUAUCCCUUUCUUCUUGAUGGGGCGCCAACUCUUCUUGCACCACUACCUUCCCGCGCACCUUGCAUCUGCUUUAGUCACGGGUGCACUUGUGGAGUUUGUGUUCUGUGUCGAGCCCCUCGAGACAGAGAAGAUUGGCAAGGAUGGGAAGAAGAUUUACGAGGCUCGUAAAGGACCGCAAAGCUUGAUCGUCCCGGGCCGUGGUAUUGAGUUUACUGGAGGUGUUGAAGAGAAAAGGAUUGUUAAACAGGUGUAA